AAAAAUGAAUUAGGUAAUUGUUAAAAAAAAGGUAAAAUUUUGUUUUUACUUCGCAGCCUCCGAACAAAAAUCUGUAAACACUGCCAUAACUCUGCAUUCAAUUAAUUUUUAUGAAACAUUUUUUUGUUUCAAUAUAAUGGAUGAUGACUUUUAUUUUGAGGAGGACGCUGAUUUGUUAAACGAUGUAACUUUUGGAUUGUGUGACAUAGAAUCCAAUGAAGAUUGGGAAACACAGCAUGAAAGAGUUUCCAAAUAUCUUGAAAUUGAAUACGAAAAUGUCAAAAAACAGUUACCAUUGAAAGUAUCAACUAAAGAACAUUUACUUAAAGGAGAUGAUUACGAAGAUGAAGAACAAAAUGAUGAGGAGGAUGUAAUAAUUGGCAAUAGCAUAUCUCAGCUUGGUUUAGAUGAUGAUAAAGAGUUUAUAGUCAAAGCUUCUCAUCGUUCAAAAAGUAUUGAGUUUGCAGAGAGCCAAGAAUCUUGGAUGUCACCACCUAGAUUAAAAAAUCGAAACUCUAUAGAUGAGCUGAUUUCACCUGGAGAAGGAAUAUGGGCAUCACCAUCAAGAGAAGUUUUAGAAGGUGAACCUAUUUUUCAUGAUAUGCAAAGAAAAGAAGGAGAAGACAUUAUAAAGAAAUUGUUUGGUGGACACAAUAUUGUAGCUGGUUGUCGAGGUGAUCAAGCACCUAUGACUAAUGUUAUUCAUGCAAAAGAUCUAGAAAAUGAAUUAAAAUCAUCAGAUAAACAAAAUACACCAUCUAAUCAUCCAAGACCAUACAAUGAGCUUCCAUAUAACAUGUCACCAUUUAGUACAGCAAUGCCUUCAUUUGGAAACCUUUUAAACAGCAUGGAUUACAGUGGUAAGAUAGGACCAUAUCCAUACCCUGUUGAUCAAUUUCAAAUGUCCCCAUUUAUGAUGAUAAACAAACCACUUAUGUUAGGAGGUUUCCAAUCUCCAGCUUUGUUAGGUGCUCCACCAGUCUUUUCUCCUCAUAUAAUAGCUCAAAAUCCAUUUCUUUAUGAUCCAGUUGCAAUGCACAUGAAUGCUACUCUGAACCGGAGAAAUUAUAAUGGUAGAGAAGGAAGUUUAUAUCAAAAUUAUCAUAGAAGUAGUCAACCUUGGAAGAAAUACAAUGAAACUGACUAUGAUGAAGAUGAUUUUUUUGUAAAAAUGAAUGCUUCCCAAAUGAUGUCAGCAAAAGAAAAAGAGUGGAUUUUUAAAAUAAGUCUCAUGAGUAUACUUAGUGGUGACUGCAACAUUUCUGAUUUUUAUUUUAUAUCUUAUAUGGAACAUAAACAGUUAAAAAAGUCCCAAGAUAAACAAACUAACAAAAGCAGUAGCGAUGAAGAAGAACUUUGUGAAAAUCUAGAGAAAACAAAGCAACUUUUAAGUUAUAAAAGCAUGCAUUCUAAAGAAAGUUACAAACCUGUAAAGUUUGAGGGUUCAUUGGGAAAGCUUUCUAUAACUUCUGUGCACCAUCCACGCCAAAUUAUGGAUUUAGCUUCCUCAGAACAAGAUAGUCAGAUUUUAACAAAAAUGCCUGAAUUAUCAAAGAAAAAAUUUCUUAUGUUUGGUCUUAUUGAAAAGAUGUAUUCCAUUUAUCUUUCUCUGAGUGAUUUGACAAGAAGUUUAUUAGAUUUGGAGCCUGAGGAGCAAGAAUUAGUUCUUCAAAAACGAAGUGAAAAAAUAACACAAAUAUUUUGUAUGAUGAAGAUUGGCUUACACAAUACUGAUAAAGAAAGUGAUGCUGAACAUUUUUUAAACCUUAUGUCGAUUUCAAAAGCACGAAAGUUACUUCCCAGAAUCUUCUUACUCUUCAACCAGGUUCAAUGCGAGUCUUUAACAGUGGCUCUUAUACAUUUUUUGCCUCCAUUACUAAAGAAAGAUACUAAAGAGCAGGCAUUUUUGUCAUUGGUAGAAAAAAUAAGAAUCAUUCUCGCUAAAAGUAAAGAAACUUUCAAAAUAAAAUGCAUUCGUUUAUUAAGAAAAGUUAGCUUAAAAAUAAUUUUAUCUUACCAGUUUAGUUUGCAGUUGUUAACAAUCGUUCUUAAAUCAUUUACCAUUCGUGACCCUGCAGUGAAUUUAGAUUGGAUAUAUUAUGAAAAUGAAGUCCCAAAAGUAUUAAAAGAACUUGAUGAAGAUCUUGCAAUAAGAAAUCAAUCUGAUAUUUUAUCACUUAAAAUUUUACUAGGUAUUUAACAGUUGCUGAUUAAACUUGAAGAAUAAAUUGUCUAAAUUUUCUAUUUUUCUAUUUUUUCCGAAUGUUACUGUUACAGUAAACUUUUUCACAAGUAAAAUGAUCAAUUAUUUUUAAA